AAAAGAAAUACUACUCAAAGCCAGUUCUUUUUGUCUGAGCAGAACUGAUACAGAAUGCCCAUGAGUAACAUGCAAAAGCUUAAGACUUUCUUAAGAUUUUAAAAUCUUUCCAGAAUGGGGGAUCAAUCUCUUCUACAGCAGAUGCAUAGUGAUGUGCUGGUAGGCAGUCCAUUAGCAAAGCACAGCUAUGAUUAUGCCUCUCUUCUCAACCUUCAUAUUUCUGCAAAGCAUUCAUCUGCAAGAGGUAAUGAGUCACAUAAUCAAAUGUGUCUGGAAUCUACUAACAGUGGCAUUAGGAGCCAUCAGGACUCCACAGUUUCAGAUGCUGUUGUCUUCCUGACUGAUGAUAAAUCUGAUAGCUCUGCAAACACAAACUUCUCAGCAUUCAGUCCACGGGAAAUAAUGCUACUUCAGUUAACCUUGAUUGAAAUGAUGCUCGCUAAAGUACAGUCGAAGGAAACUGAAUACAGCAUAAGACAGAAGUACCGUGAUAUAAUUAGAAUUCUUCUGAAGGAGACACAAGCUGACUCAAAAUUAAUUUGGCUGUUAGGUAGCUCUGAUAAACUGUUAUCUCACAUGGCUUCAAAGAGUAUGGCCUCCCUUGUGUAUUUCCAGCUAAAGGAAGAGAAUUCAUUAAAUGUCACCUGGCUGGCAUUUUGUUUGAAGACUCUCUCAGAAUUCCCAAGGAGUGUUCAAGCAGCAGAAUGUCUAUGGACUCUUACAGCAAUUAUUAGAGAUGUUUUGAAAGAUGAAGAUGUGUGCAAAGCAGAUAUAAUGAAGAAGCUUUUCGCUCCUCUUGAUGCUGUACUUGAAGGAUUUCAUGAUUCCAUUUUGUUUCAUCAUUUUGACAGCUACCAAGAUGCAUCAGCACACUCUAAACCCUCAAAUAACUUAAUUGCUUUCAUAGAUUUGCUUGAAGUUCUUGUGGCCUGCAGAUUCCAACUAGUGUUGCACUUCAGAUGCCAAAGAAUUUUAUUUUUGAAAACUACUUACAUCCUGGACCUUGCUAGUUCAUCAGUUCAUUAUUUAAUCAAGAAGAAGUCCAUUAUGCUUGUUAAGAAAUGUAUUCUUUAUAAAGCUGGUGAAGAUUUCACAAAAGGAUUGUUGCUAACACCAUCCCUACAAGAUCCUUAUUUGGAUAUGGAUAUGGUAACAUUGGCUGCUGCUCUACUGGAAGCUGUAGAUUUGGGGUGGAUGAAUCGAAUAACUGUUAGUGAAAAAGCCUGCUAUUUUGGAGGCAGUGAAACUCAGCCUAAAGGUGGUGUCUGCACUGGUCCUGACCAAGUAAUCAUCAGAGCCUUAAGCUUGAUUUUACUUAAAGCUUUAGAAACGAAGAUCCAGAACUCUGCUGAGGAAGCUGAAGUCAAAGCAAACCUGCGGCGUUUCAUGUCCAGAUUAUUAACCUUCUUGAAGAACCAUCUGAAGUUAUCUCCACAUCCUUACCCAAUUGAACAUCCUUGUGAAUGGCUUUCCAUGGUCUUUAUAGAACAAGAUGACGACAUGCUGGAAGCUGCUAAAGCAUUAUUAACCAUUUAUUUAAAGUUGAAUAGAUUACGGCAUGCUGCUGCUGCUGACUUGCGCCUCGAAGAAACCUGGGAUGAUCUGACACAUGAGAGCGGUUGUAAUCCUCACUGCAUCUUUUUAUAUCUUCUGAAGAACAUUUCUUUUGAUUCCACAGUUCUUCUUGAUUUUUUGAUUUCAUCAGAAACUUGCUUCCUUGAGUACUUUGUAAGAUAUUUGAAACUUCUUAGAGAGGACUGGCACCAUUUUGUCAACAUCUGUAAUUGCUUUGAUGCUGUAACUAAAGGAGGCGUGUGUGAUUCUUUUGCCACCCCUCCCCACCAGGGAGAAAGAUACUGUCAAACUGUUUUGAGAUGGCAAACUGCCUGCUAUGAUCCAGAACAACAGACUCUGGCAUCUGUGGUUUCUUCCCAUGAUUCUUUUGCACCCAUAAGGCAGCACUGUGAUGACCAAGUUGCAAAAUCUGACCUGUCUAACACAGUUUCCUUGGGCUGCCUUCAAAGCCUUGUUAAUUAUGACAGCUCGGAAGACUCUGAUUCGGAAUCCAUUGGAAAGGAAUCUUUGGCAAACGUGAAGCAGAUGCCUAUAAAUAAACAAGGCAGUACAAAGAUAAGGGAAGCUGUUUCCAGGGUCAUAAAUGAUGAACCAAAUACAUUUGAAUCAAAAAUGUUGCCUCUGGGACAAAAAGGUUCUAAUACCUCGUCACUCUUGGCAUGUAGGCUUUCUUCAAAUAACCCACCCCCAAUAGAAGGAAUGCUUCACAAAGCAAUGAAAUGUUUGGAAGAACUACAAAAGGCUAUUUCUAGGCUACAAAGGAAAAACCUUUUCCCAUACAACCCAGCUGCACUUUUGAAACUGUUGCUUCACAUUGAGAGACCCUGUAAGCGCAUGAACCCAUUGUAAGGCAACAGAGUGCCAAGGCUGACACUUUGAAGUGAUUUCUCACUAGUAGGCAAGGGACUGUUCCCACAAGAUAAACAUGUUCUGAUGCUCAUACUGUGAGGGACAUUCCUUUUGGACUUAUCGGUGUGUUUUAAACUGAGCUGGCUAAAUUGGAUGCCAGCUGACACUUAAAGAUAAAUCUGCAGCUGCGUUUUGAGUAUCCGGUCUGCUGUCUCAAAGCCCCAAAUUUAUUUCCAGUAUAUGUGACAGUAUACUAUGUGUCAGGAUGAGUUAUUAGGUAUUAACAAAUGACAGUAAAUCAGUGAUUCUCGUGAAGACCUCAUGGUAAAGUACCUCUACUUAAAAUGUUAGCUGUAAUUCUUUGUACUGUCAUUCUAAGAUCUGAAGACACUGCUAGAUUGGCAGUGCUUUAUGGACUGCAAUGCAGUGAUAAUUCCAGAUUCUAGUGCUUAGAAGUAGAGAUGUGUAAGCUGUUUGAACCAGAGAAGGUUUUAUGUUUGAACAGAAGCUACCCUGGUCCAUGACUGGGGGUUCUGGGCAUCAUUUUGUACUGACAGUACUGCAUUAUUCCACAUCUGUGAUCUUAGUAGUAAAUUGUAUUUGGAUUCCCCUUCAUAGGCCUCAGCAACUAAUAGUUCUGCACUUUCACAAGCCUGAAGUCAAGUUAUAAUUUCACUGAAAACUGUUUCCUCAAUGCAUGCAAGUCAUUUCAUUUUAUGGCAUACCCUUUUAAAAAAAUGCUGGACUAGCAAAGGCUCCACUUAACUUCAUGUUGGCUUUAUCAUCAUAAAGCUAGAAUCAAACUUGGAUAAUGCAAAAGUGAAGUUCUGGUAGAAAUUCUUACUUUGCUCCAUUACACACACUCUAUAAAAUUAAUAAAUUAUAACACAGUAACAUAUUAAGGUACAUGAUGCAGGAAAAAAAGAAUAUAUUAUGUAUGUGUGCUGUAACCUUGUAAGAGUGAUGUUUGACCUUUUAAUUUAAUUAAGACCUUGGACACUGAGAAGUUAAGUCCCUUAUUCUAGAGAAGAAUCCAGAGCCCCAAGUUCAGCACUCCUGCCUAAUAAUGCCCAAGGAGAAUUGGAUAGCUCAACACACCAAUCAGAAAACUGUCUGAAGUCUGUACACUGAACAUGUAGCUGUCUAGUGCUAGGUAACAGGGAGGCAUUGAGCAUGGGGUGAGUCAUAAAUCCCCCUCCUGAAGUAAAUGGGACAUCAGAAAGGUACCUCCAUGGACUUGUGGCCAUUAGCUCUGAAUUCUCACCUUUUAUGUAGGUAUCUGUGCCUUCCUUUUCAAGGAACUGAGCCCUUUUUUUAUGUAACUCUCUUUUUAGUUUUAAACAGUGACUGAA